CAAAUGUGUAUAUCCUGAAAAUGCUUAAUUAAGUGAAUAACACUUAUACUAAUUUCAUCUAUUUUACAUCGAAUUAAUUCACUUUCAAUAUCGCGGCUUGAGCAAUUGUGCUUUCAUAUCAAUAUAAUAAUAAAUAGCAGCAACUACAACAACAGUAAUAUCUUCAGGAAAUCACAACAAACAGAGAUAUUGAAAGAAAAUAAACCAGUACAGCUACAACACCCAUAAAGAGCUAUUAUAUAGUAGAAUUAAAAUAGUGAAAUUCAUAAAUGUUUUAUAUGUCUUCAAAAUCCAUAAAGUGAUAUAAAAACACACAAAAAUUCAAACAAAAAAAAAAUGAUGGAAGUAAGCUUACAGUCGAGUAACAGUAAUCAUAGCACUAAAUCGUCCGAUUUAGAAAAGGACAUAAUUGAGUUAGAUAUCAAUGAUAAAAGUACAGAGCUAAAUGGAAGUUCAAAUGGCGUUAAUAAUCUCAGCAAUGAAAAGUUGAAUACGUUAAAGAAGCGUAUUUCGAGCAGUAAAACGCCAAACAGGACAACAACGAAGGCACGAAGAGUCAGAUUUUUUCGAAAUGGUGACAAAUUUUGGACUGGAUAUUUGGUUGCUGUUAGUCAAGAACGCUACAAAUCCUUCGAUAGCUUAGUUGAGGAUUUGACUAAACAAUUGGGUGAACGACUUAAUGGUGCGAUUCGAUGUAUAUAUUCGAUGGACGGCAAAAAGGUAGAGAAACUUGAGGAUCUUGAGGAUAAUAAAUCGUAUGUUUGUUCGUGCAAUAAUGAGGCAUUCAAGAAGAUUGAAUAUUCAUCGAAUAGCAUAAUGAAGGUUGUCAAUAGAAUGUCAAAGAACGGACGGCCUUCAUCGCCAAUGAAAAAUGGGACCAAUGGCACGUCUACAAUAACAACGCCUAAUUCAGCAAAGGAUAAUAAUGAGGCAUCCAUUGUUUUCCCACGGAUUGUUACACUAAUCAGGAAUGGCGUGAAGCCAAGAAAGAUUAUGAGAUUGCUUUUGAACAAAAGGAAUAGUCCGACUUAUGAUCAUGUGCUGACAGCUAUAACUCAAGUUGUUAAAUUAGAUUCUGGCUGUGUACGUAAAGUCUUUAAGCUUGAUGGAACGACUGUAUCAAAAUUGGCAGACUUUUUCGACAUAAACGAUGUAUUUUUUGCAUAUGGAAAUGAGCGUGUCGGUAAUGAUGAUUUUGAGCUAGAACCGGAAGAAAGGAAGGCAAUAAAUCAGGCAAAGAAAACUGUAAAGAACGGUACGAUGAGAAAUGGACCAAAACCAAAAAUGCCAAUUAAAUCCCACAACGACACUGUCAACCAUCUCGGUGCUGAAGAAGAAACAUUCAAUGGUGUUAGAUCUGAUUCACUUCCCAUCGAAAUACAAAAUCGCUUUACACUCGGACAAAUUAUUGGCGAUGGCAAUUUUGCCGUUGUGCUAAAAUUAAAGGAUAAACUAAAUAGUGAUUGUGAAUAUGCUUUAAAAAUCAUUGACAAGUCAAAAUGUAAAGGAAAGGAGCACUAUAUCGAUGCGGAAGUACGAGUGAUGAAAAAGCUUAAGCACCAACACAUAAUUUCAUUAUUGCUGGAUAUAGACACGAUAACAAAUAUGUACCUUGUUCUCGAAAUGGUUCACGGCGGAGAUUUAUUCGAUGCAAUAACUAGAGUGACACGAUUUUCCGAAGCACAGUCGAGAAUCAUGAUAAAACAUUUAGCAUCAGCCUUGGCCUACCUUCAUGCAAUGAGUAUUGUACAUAGAGAUGUAAAGCCAGAAAAUUUAUUGGUGGAGCUAGACAGUGAUGGAAAUGUGGUGAUGCUGAAGCUGGCUGAUUUCGGACUAGCGUGUGAAGUAAAUGAGCCAUUAUUUGCUGUAUGUGGAACGCCAACGUAUGUUGCGCCUGAAAUUCUCAUGGAAACUGGAUAUGGAUUGAAAAUUGACGUAUGGGCAGCAGGUAUCAUUCUUUAUAUUCUUUUAUGUGGAUUUCCUCCUUUCGUAUCACCUGAUAACCAACAAGAGCCUCUUUUUGAUGCAAUUUUGUCGGGCAUUUUCGAAUAUCCAUCACCUUUUUGGGAUGAUAUUUGUGAACCAGUACGAGAUUUAAUUAACAAUAUGCUUCAGUCAGAUCCAGAGCUUCGUUUUAAUAGCGAAGACAUCUUGGAUCAUUAUUGGGUUACAAAUGAAGAUGAUAUGGACAAUUAUUUGUAAACUAUUUAAUACUUCCUCGCUUCGCAUAAUAAUAUACAUACAUACCUACAUAUUAUAUACUUUAUCUCAGCAUAGACAUAAUAAUUCUUAUUUUUAUUGAUCCUGCCACAAUUUUAUUUUUGCAUGCAUUUCCUACAUUUAGUAGUUUAUACUUCUUGCUCCUUCAAACCGUUUGAUUAUUUUCAACAACAACACAUAGCAGAGAGUCACAUCAGGUCUUUUGUUUUUGUAUAUGAAGUAUAUGGAUUUUGAGAAUAUGAUGAAUAUAUUUUAUUGAGAAUGAAUCAAGUGUUAUAGUCUAUAUGACGAGGAUAUAUGCUCG